AUGGUUAUCGAGGGCCUGCCCACUAUCCCCACGGAUUUUGCUAGAGCAAAAGGCUGGUGCCUAAAUAAGAUCCCUUCCUUUGGUGCUGCUCUUGGUCUUUCAGCCACCAGCAUUCCGAGUGCCUGGGGGACAGCUUGGAAGGAAAUGGCCAGGGAAGCUCAUUGGUGCCUGUGCACCCCAGCCUCUGGGAUGGGGGCCGGGGGCAGGCUGGCUGCAUCAGCCCUUGGUGCUCAGAAAGAACAAAGGAAUGCGGUUUCUCAAGGUUACAUGGUGUGUCCGAGACAGACAGCCCCAGGGUGGCCUUUGUAUCUGUCUUGCCUUUGA